CAAAUCAAACUUUAUAUUCGCAUCAUUUCAACAUUUUUCACGUGCUGGGCCACUUAAAAAUAUAAAUCAUAAUAACUUAGGUAGAUAUGACGGGUAAGAGAAAUAAUAUGAUUCCAAAUGGCCAUUUCCAUAAGGAUUGGAAGAAUAUGGUUAAAACAUGGUUUAACCAACCUAUGAAUAAAAAACGAAGACAUAAAAAGAGAACAGAAAAAGCUAGAAGAUUAGCUCCAAGACCAGUUGCAGGACCGUUAAGGCCUGUUGUUAGGUGCCCUACUAUUCGCUAUAAUAAAAAAAUUAGACUUGGAAGAGGAUUUUCUAUUGAAGAAUUGAAAACUGCAAAAAUACCUAAAAGAUAUGCCAGGACAAUUGGUAUAACAGUAGAUCAUAGGCGCAGGAAUAGAUCUGUUGAAGGCUUGCAAAUCAAUGUUCAGAGACUGAAGGAAUAUAAAUCAAGGCUUAUUUUGUUCCCAUUAAAUAUGGCUAAACCGAAAAAAACUGAUUCAUCACCUGAAGACCUAAAAAUGGCUCUCCAACUGAAAGGUACAAUUUUGCCAAUCAAACAUACAAAUUUCAAAAAAGAAAAGGCCAGACUUAUUACUGAAGAAGAAAAGGACUUUAAGGCAUAUGAUACAUUAAGAAUGACUCGAUCUGAUGUGAAGUUAGCUGGAAUAAGACAGAAAAAAGCCAAGGAAAUGGAAGAAAAAAAAUAAAUACUUUAAAAAUAAUUACUAUUAUAUAAAGGAUAUUAUAUUUAUUUGCCUGAUUAAAAAAAGAUAAUAAAUUAUGG